GACGUGAGUGCCCACGCCAAGGAUAACUGUGGAGAAGGACCAGGAACCAUCCCCAGCCAGCUUAGGUUCAUCUCUCUCCCUAACGGUGUGCUCCAGAUCUUGGGGGCGGUUAAGGAGGAUGGGGGUGCGUACCGCUGUGUGGCCUCCAACUCUGCCCGGAAACGCUUCAGCCAGGAUGCCAUCCUCACUGUCACUACAGGUCCUGGCCCUGCCCAAAGUGAGGUAGUGAUCGUGGCACCUCCUCAGAAUGCCACGGUGGUGCAGGGGCGUCCAGCGGUGAUGGAGUGCAUGGCCCAGGGCGGGCAGCCCAAACCCCUGGUGUCCUGGAGCAGACAGGACGGGAAGCCCAUCGCCACCGACGUGGUUGUCCUGGAAACUAACCUGGUGAUCCCCAACACACGGCGUAACCAUGCGGGGGUCUACGUCUGCCGUGCCAACAAACCCAAGACCCGCGAGUUUGUCAUAGCUGCAGCUGAACUGCAUGUGCCAGCCCCACCAGUGAUCCUCCAGCCCCCAGAGACGGUGUCUCUCUCUCGGGGAACCACAGCCAAGUUUGUGUGUAAAAGCUCUGGGGAGCUCCCCCCGGCACUGCACUGGCUGAAAGAAGCAAGCCGGUCAAGUCCUAACGGGCGGGUGAAGACCCAGAGCCCUGGGGUGCUGCUCAUCAACCAGCUGGGCCUGGACGACGCAGGGUACUACCAGUGCAUCGCCGACAAUGCUCUGGGGACGGCCUGCGCCACAGCCAAGCUGUCUGUCAUUGUGAGAGAGGGUCUACCCCAGCCACCACACCAGCUCUCUGCCACGCCCCAAUCAAGCACCACCGCCCUCCUCACCUGGAACGGCCCGACACAACAUGACCAGAUUAUAGGCUUCUCUGUGCACUACCAGCCCACUUCAGGCUCUGAUCACAUGGAAUACCAGUUUGCUGUGAACAACGACACCACAGAGUACCAUGUGAAGGAGCUACUGCCACACACAGCCUAUACCUUCUACGUGGUGGCCUACUCCCCCAUGGGAGCCAGCCGCCCGUCACGGCCCGUCGCCGUGGAGAUGCUGGAGGACGUACCCAGUGCCCCUCCACAGCUGUCCCUGCUCAGCACCUCUCCUACAGACAUCAGAGUGAUGUGGCUGCCCCUGUCCUCCCAGCACAGCAGAGGAGCUGUCACCCGCUACCGCAUCGACUACUCCACACUGGAACAGGUGGACAACGUGUUUUCUGUGGAGGUGGGGGGGAAUGAGACUCAGCUUACCUUGCGGGAGCUGCUGCCUAACCAGGCCUAUCGACUGAGGAUGGCAGCGGGAACGGGAGCAGGCUUUGGUGUGCCGUCAGAGUGGAACCAGCACCACACCCCAGACCACUUUAACCACAGCAUGGUGAUCUUUGCUCCCACAGAGCUGAAGGUUAGGGCCAAAAUGAACUCCCUCCAUGUCACAUGGCAGCCCCCGCCCAAUCACACGCAGAUCUCCGGCUACAAGCUCUUUUGCAGGGAGGUGGUUGGUGAAGAGCUGACCAAUGGGGAGACUCAUCCUGAGAGGGAGCGGGUGAGGAGGAUGGAGGCCCACACCAUCAAGCUCCGCAAGAGGGUCAAACAUCAUGAGGUCUCUAGUCUGGUCCCUGACAGACUAUAUGAAGUGAAGGUGUGGGCCUUCAAUAAGCAGACGGAUGGCUAUGCUGCAGGAUGGAAGGGCAGGACAGAGAAGGCACAUGGCAAAGCACCCCCUAAGGGGAACCCCCCUCCCCUGCCCCCCAGCAGCAUCAAGGCUACAGCCAACAGCUCCACAUCCAUCUGGCUGCGCUGGGAGAAACCUCGCUUCAGCAACGUCCGCAUCAUCAACUACACCGUACGCUGCAGCCCGGCCGGCAUCAGAUCUUGUUCCUACUACACGAGCUCUGCUCAGGAGAUCCUCUUGGGGGCGCUAAAACCCCACACCCGCUAUGAGCUGGCUGUGCAGUCCAAUGGAGGAGACAUGGUUGGUCCCUUCAGCGGCACCGUGGAGGAGUACACUCUCACUGACGUACCCUCCACCCCCCCAGCGGAYCUGCAGCUCAGUGCCUUGGACUCCUCCUCUGUGUUGGUGAACUGGCGCCCGCCUGUGGAGCCCAAUGGCAUCAUCAUCAGCUACAGGAUCCUAUACACCAUCAACCUCAGCCAGCCUGAGCACCUGUGGAACAACCUCUCCCAAGAUGGGACCAUCAUGAGUGCUGAGGUAACAGGGCUGUCUAGUGGGACACAAUACUUCUUUAAGAUGAGGGCGUCCACUGAGGUGGGGGUGGGGCCUUACUCCCCAGUGAAGGAUGUGCACACUCCUCCCAAGAAAUAUGAGCUGGACAUCCAUGCAGUGACAGGCAUCAUAGUUGGUGUGUGUCUGGGGCUGCUCAGCAUUCUCCUUUGUAUGUGUGUCAGCUUCCGCAACGGCAAGGCCAGAGAGGUGUCUGGAGGGCUGGACUCCACUGCUCUGCCCCCACAGUACCAUCAUGGGUGUAGGUCUGUGCCCACCAUGGUGCCAGAAUGCAGUGAUUGCCAUGAGCUAGAGACCCUGAUGCCCCUGGGCAGCCUGGACCAUGACCAUGACCGCACCCAACCCCUCACAGAGCCCACUGAGGAGCACAGCCUCAUGGGUAAUGUAGGAAUAGGGGACGAUGCCCUAGGAGCUGAGCUCAAGGCUGCUUAUAAUGGGUCAGUUAGUCGUAACUGGGCCAACCGGAUCACCAAAUACAGGGAUACCAUCACAGAGGACUCUCCAACUCUUAACAAUGGAACUUUGGACAUGACCAACACAGAGAAUGGCAAG